GCACGUCCUGUGACGUCACGCUCUCAGGACCCCUGUUGUGUUUCGGAGCGGACGCAGAGACGCAGAGAAAGGACAGUCCGCUCAAACAACUUUACAGAUCCAAGUUAACGGGACGGGUACACGCGGAGGAAAAUGCCCCAGAUUCUGACCAAAGGUUCUUACGACAACCCCGAGGCCAUGGCGGCUGUGGAGGUGAGCAGCGAAGCGGCACACACCGGCUCGGAGCCUGACGCCGAAGAGUCCACUCCAGAACCUGGUAAGAACGGGCCAGACCACGGCGCUACGUCCGCCGAGGCACACUCCAGAUCGCGGCUAAUGAACUCUAGCCCCGACGGCGUGGAACAUGAAGCUAGUGGAGAUCUGUCUGAACCAGAAAAGAGUCCUGUUCAGGGGAGUUUGGCGAGCAGCAGUGACUGCCCCCCAGAGGGCUCCCGGGUCCCGCUGGAACAAAGGCCGGGGGGGUCUGCGGAGCUCACAAAGACCGAGAGCCCCAGCAGCGUGGCCCCGGACUUAAGUGGAGAGGGUCUCCGGGGCCCAGCGGAGCAGGACAGCUUGCACCCGGUGCUGGAGCAGAAGAGGGUGGUCCCACCUCCGGCCCCUCUGAACUACACCUGCUGCUGGGACCUGUGUGGGCUGCCCUUCUCCUCCAGCCCCGACCUGGCCGACCACAUCCGGGACCGACACGUGGAUGCACAGAGAGGAGGGGUGUUUGUGUGUCUAUGGAAAGGCUGUAAAGUGUACAACACUCCGUCCACCAGUCAGAGCUGGCUGCAGAGGCACAUGCUGAGCCACAGCGGGGACAAGCCCUUCAAGUGCCUGGUGGGAGGAUGCACAGCCACCUUCUCCUCUCAGGGAGGCCUUGCCCGCCAUGUGCCCACCCACUUCAGCGGCCACAGCUCCUCCAGAGUGCACGGGCACAGCAGGGCCAAGGACGAAUCUCCAUCUAAGGCUGGACUGAAACGGAGGAAGGCCCGGUGCAGACAGCGACGCUCUCUGCCGCGGCCUUAUGACUUCUUUGAUGCUCAGACCAUGGAUGCCAUCCGCCACAGGGCCAUCUGCCUGAACCUGGCCACCCACAUCGAGAGUCUGGGCAGUGGGCACAGCGUGGUCUUCCACAGCACGGUGAUUGCUCGGAGGAAGGAGGACUCGGGGAAAGUCAAGGUCCUGCUGCACUGGACUCCUGAGGACAUACUGCCCGACGUAUGGGUAAAUGAGAGCGAGCGGCUCCAGCAGAAGACCCGAGUGGUGCAUCUGUCCAAACUGCCCACGGACACUGCUGUCCUCCUGGACCCCAACAUCUACAGGAUGUUCUUCUGAGGCUCCAGGGGCUCCUCAGUGGUGGCCCCUCCUACCCACCUGAAGCUGCUCUGAUCUGUGAAACCACUGUAAAUAGUCCCAUGUUUAAUAUAUUUUUCUACUUUUGUAUUCGCACUGUUGUAGAUAGUAUUUUUUAUAUAAAACAUGUCAUUGAACUGGACUUGUUUUGUUGAAAGUCAUUAAAGACUAACCCUUAGCC